UAACCAACCCAAGGGUAAACCCGGUCCAAGAACGAUUUAACGGCGGUGUUUGGCAAAUAGCGUAGUACUGCCAAGGCGGUUGUGAGAGGGGAGAAAAAUCGAGCGGCGGGGUCAGUUUCUGAAAAUCGCCAGAAAGUGAAGCAGAAUCUUACAAAUAGGCGCGUUCAUUUGCAAUUGCAAUUGCGACUACAAACAGGGUAAUUUAUCAGUGAUUGAGAAGAACCCUAGCAGCAACUAUGGGGAAGAAGCAACACAGUAAAGACAGGAUGUUCAUCACCAAAACAGAGUGGGCAACGGAAUGGGGAGGCGCUAAAUCCAAAGACAGUCGCACUCCCUUCAAACGUCUUCCCUUCUAUUGCUGCGCGCUUACGUUUACACCCUUUGAAGAACCUGUCUGCACUGCUGAGGGCAGUGUUUUCGAUAUCAUGAAUAUUACUCCCUAUAUUAUAAAAUACGGUAAACAUCCAGUUACUGGAACUCCUCUCAAGCUGCCGGAUCUCAUUCCACUAACUUUCCACAAGAAUUCAGAAGGAGAAUAUCAUUGUCCAGUGCUAAACAAAGUUUUCACUGAAUUUACGCAUAUUGUGGCAGUGAAGACUACGGGAAAUGUGUUCUGCUAUGAGGCUGUCAAAGAGUUAAACAUUAAGACAAAAAACUGGAAGGAGCUCCUCACUGAUGAGCCAUUCACAAGGAAUGACCUUAUAACCAUUCAGAAUCCUAAUGCACUUGACGACAGGGUUCUUCUGGAUUUUGAUCAUGUUAAGAAUGAUUUGAAAGUUGAUGAUGAGGAACUACAGAAAAUGAGUUCAGAUCCAACCUAUAACAUAAACAUGUCGGGUGAUAUCAAGCAAAUGCUUCAGGAGCUUGGAACUGAUAAAGGAAAGGAAACUGCAAUGCAUGGGGGUGGUGGUGGCAAGGCACAAAAAGAAAGGGCUGCUGCACUUGCUGCCAUCAUAGCUGCAAGGUCCCGUGUGGAUGAAGAUUCCAAAUCAAAUGCAAAUAAAGAUGCCAAAGCUCCUCAGGCAUUCAGUAUCGUAGAUGCUGCAUCAGCUGCAGUACAUGGAAGAAGUGCAGCUGCUGCUAAAGCCUCAUCAGGUGAUAAAACUGCUGCCAGGAUAGCUAUGCAUAUGUCUGGUGACAGGGCGCCAGUGAAUGCAAAGAUGGUAAAAAGCCGUUUCACAACUGGUGCUGCUUCCCGGUCUUUUACUUCAACAUCAUUUGAUCCAGUUACAAAAAAUGAAUUUGAAUAUGUGAAAGUUGAGAAGAAUCCAAAAAAGAAGGGUUAUGUACAGCUGCAUACGACACAUGGUGAUUUGAACAUUGAGCUACAUUGUGAUAUAACACCUAGGACGUGUGAAAACUUCAUCACUCUUUGUGAGCGGGGAUUUUAUAAUGGAGUUGCUUUUCAUAGAAGCAUUAGGAAUUUUAUGAUACAGGGUGGGGAUCCUACUGGUACUGGUCGAGGAGGCGAAUCUAUAUGGGGAAAGCCUUUUAAAGAUGAACUUAACUCCAAACUAGUUCACUCUGGAAGAGGUGUGGUAAGCAUGGCGAAUAGUGGCCCACACACCAAUGGUUCCCAAUUCUUCAUCUUGUACAAGUCUGCAAAUCAUCUAAACUUCAAACAUACAGUUUUUGGAGUAGUUGUAGGUGGCUUGACCACACUUGCUGCCAUGGAAAAGGUUCCAGUUGAUGAUAAUGACCGACCUCUGGAGGAAAUCAAGAUAACAAGUGUCACGAUUUUUGUCAAUCCUUACACGGAACCAGAUGAAGGAGAAGAGCAUGAUAAUGCCACAGAGAAGAAUGUAGAGGAUGAGGAUAAUGGUAAGGUAGGCUCAUGGUUUAGCAAUCCUGGUGCUGGAACAUCUGAAUCUGGAAGUACGGGGGUCGGUGGUGGUGUCGGCAAGUACUUGAAAGCUAGGAAUGCUCAAGCUACAUCUGCUAAUCUUGAUACCAGUACAGCUGUUGUAGGAAAGAAAAGAAAAGUGGGAGUUGCCAGCAGUGACUUUAAAGAUUUUUCUGCAUGGGAACUUAAUUUAUUCCUGCUCAGUAAUCAGUUGUCUGGCGUGAAUGGUAAGUUCAGGCAGGCUAGGGUGGCAUUCCCAAGGGCACUUCAAGUUAGUGAGCCUAGCUAGGUUUUCAUUGACUUUAGUGACGGACUCCUGGUCACAUUUUGGCAUCUUAUACAGCUACUGUACAAUUCAUAGUACAGAUAUCACACUACAUUUAUCUAAAGUAAAAAAUGAGGAAUCUAUGUAUCAUUCAACCAAGGAGAACAAAUGGAAGGAAUCCAUUUGAUCGCUUAGCAGCAGGUUUCAUGCCAGUAUCAUACGAUCCUGUAGCUUUGCAACAAUUGUCUUACUAUGGAUACGGCCUACCCUCUAUUGCUCUCAA